GACGCGGAGCCCAGCAGGCGGCUGACGGCGGGGAUGGCGGCGGGGCUGGGAACCGCGGGGGCUCGAGAGGCCCCUCAGGUGACCGAUGGCGCGGGUGGGAGCGGCUGUCCCUUCACAACUGAGGCCCGGACGGACGCCGCCGGCGGCCACCUCAGCGCAGCUGACGUCCAUGCCCCGCUGGCCUUCGGCCAGGCCCUCCAGCCUCCCACACAUACCUCCAGCCGGCCUGCCGCCGCCCACAGCCGGCCCGGACCGGGCCCGAUAGGUCUCGCCGAAGACGCCGCCGCCGCCCGCUGCCGGCACCUCACUUCCGCCCGCCGCGAGCGCCGAGCGCGUCGAUCCGCCGGGCAGUCGAGCGCCGAGUCCUCGAUGGGCGGCGCCUGCAGGGGAGGGUCGGAGGAGGGGAGCGGACCGGCGCGGGGGCGGGAGGUCAGCAGGGGCCGUGGGCGGUGGACGCUGGAGUGUCUUGGGUUCCGAGGGACCCAGCUGUCGGAAUGGACGCGCGUAGGAGUUCACCACGAUGGGCCCUGCACCGGGUCAGAGGACCGCUCCGGAACAGGGGGAUGCACAAGGUCCAGAGAACGCAUGGGAUCACAGGGCUGCACCGGGGCAGGGGGCUGCACCGAGACCGGAAGAAGCAUCAGUUCAGGAGAAGGCACUGGAGUCAGGGGACUGUACCAGGUCAGGAGAAUGCCCUGGAGUGUGCAUCCCCGGGGGGCCACACUGGGUAAGGAGGAGGCACCAGGUCAGGAGGCAGCACUGAGUCAGAAGGAUGCACCGGAGGCAGAGGACUGUACCAGGUCAGGGGGCUGCACCAGGUCAGGAAGAGGCACUGGGGUCAGGGGGCAACACUGGGUCAGGGGCAGCCCUGGGCCAGGAGGAUGCAUGGGGUCAGGGGGCUUCAGGGGUUUAAGGGCUGCACUAGGUCAGGGCGCCACACCAGGUCAGGGGAUGCACAGGAUCGGGGCGAUGCUCAGGAUCGGGGGAUGUUCGGGGUCGGGGGAUGCUCUGGGUCGGGGGGAAGGUCGGAGUCGGGGGGAUGCUCGGGGCCGGGGGGUUCUUAAGGUUGGGGGGGUGCUCGGGUCGGGGGCAUGCUCGGGGUCAGGGGAUGCUCCAGGUCGGGGGUUCCCGAGGUUAGGGGGAUGCUCGGGGUCGGGGGGUUCUCGGGGUCGAAGGAUGCUUGGGGUCGGGGGGGGGGGUUCUCGCAGUUGGGGAAUGCUCGGGGUCGGAGGGUUCUCAGGGUCGGGGGAAUGCUCAGGGUUCGGGGGAUGCUCCAGGUCGGGGGAUGCUCCAGGCACCCAUGAGCCUGUGCUUGCUGCUGUCAGAGUGGAGCUGAGCAUCGGUGUGGAGUUCUUGGCAGAGUUGGGUUGCCCUCAGGACUGUAUGUGA